UGUUGGUUGUACUCGAGGACCGGAGUUGGGGAAACGCUAGUCUAGAUGCCACUUUCGCCAUACCCAAAAACUGUAAUCAGGUUGCAGCAGACGACAGCGUACAAGUACAUUUCACCUAAGUCUAUGUGUUCAUGUUGAAAUACUGGAAUCAAAUACGUGUUUUAUGAACAGGCGUGUUUUUAUUUUGUUGCACAAAUUUGCCGCGAAUGAUAAAGCAUGGAAUCCAAACACCUGAAGAACGCUUUCAAAUGGUCUAACAGAAUGUUGUUUUACGAACCGAAUGCAGAUGGUCGAAUGCAUACAACCCACAUAACAAGCAAGCAAAAUACAGGCGCAUCAUGUUUCAAUCUGCAGGAGUUCCACAGCUUUCAGAUAAUCAGGCUCCGCCAGGGAGACCCAGCUCGGCUACAGAGACAGAAGUGGAUCUGAUUCACAAUACCCAGGCACCACCACCACCCAAGGAAAGUGGCCCAAAUAAGAGGAGGAAGGCGAGAGUGAGGGGAAACAGCACCAGGCCCAAGAAGAGAAUGACAGACAGCAGGGGUGUUAGCGAUAGACCACUAGUGGAGAAGCAGGGGGUGUGUGAUGAGGGAAGCCCCUUACCUCCACUCCUUCGUAUCUCUUUAAAAAGCCUGUUGGCAGCUGAGAUGAAGCUAGUGUAUGGUGACGAGCAGCACAACAUUACCCAGCAGCCCUCCAAGUCCCCAGUCACCUCCUCUGCUUCACAAUUAAUGUGUCAAGCCUCUGAAAUAGUAGGCCCUCCAAGUGGACCUAAUCUCGGCUUUCUGCCUCAAAUUGACAAAUGGCUGGAUGUAGCCUUACAGGAUGCCGACUCAUACUACCAACAGAAGAAAUAUGGGAUCGCAGCCAGUCGUUUUACCACAGCUCUGGAGCUGUGUUCAAAAGGCGCUGCAGUUGAACAAUCUUUGCAUGCGGUGUAUGAAGACAUUUCUAAGGUUGCCAGUUUGAUUGAGUCCAGACUUGUUGCCUGUUACCUGAGACUGAAGAGACCGAAGAUAGCCCUCAACCACUCCCACAGAGCCAUCCAGCUAAACCCCAUCUAUUUCCGCCACCAUCUGCGCCAGGCCAUGGUGUAUCGACUGCUGGGGAACCCAUGUGCCGCGGCAAGGAGUGCCAUGAUUGCUGACUGGGUGUACUGGCUGUCCGGGGGCUCAGAUGAACACAUAAGCAAGCUCAUCAAACUGUAUUGGCAGGCUCUGUUGGACGAGGCGAUCACCAUGGAGGAUGGUUUCUCUGUCAUGUACACCCCGUGCUCUGCUGGGGACUCCGUGGGGGAUUGCAUCGCCAAGGCUGAGGAAACCUUCAGGAAACAGCACACUGCGUUCACAGACUACCUGUUCACAGACCCCAGUGGAGGUCACCUGCUGCCCCAGACCACAGACUGGAGCAAUCCCCCGUCCACCCAGCAGAAAUACGUCCUCACCCUGGGCUUCAGGAGGGGACAGGACGGCAGCUUCCUCAGCAAACUCACCAGCAGGACCUGCCCCUCUUUUACAGGACCCAGAGCCUCAUUCAGCUCCAGUAGCCCAGAGGACAUGGAGCGCGUGUGUGACAUGUUCAGCAGGAGGAUCCUACCAGUCUUAGAUUUUAUUAAGUGCACCAAACUAGCUGUGGGUAUACGUUUACAUGCUUUGAGUGGAGGAAAACAAAAACAGGCAGGAUGGUUUGAAGGUCAUCACGCCUUGGUCAGACGGCCGCAGCGUUACCAGACGGCUAGGCAGCAGAGUUACCAGACGGCUAGGCAGCAGCUUUACCAGACGGCUAGGCAGCAGCGUUACCAGACGGCUAGGCAGCAGACUUACCAGACGGCUAGGCAGCAGCGUUACCAGACGGCUAGGCAGCAGAGUUACCAGACGGCUAGGCAGCAGCGUUACCAGACGGCUAGGCAGCAGCGUUACCAGACGGCUAGGCAGCAGCGUUACCAGACGGCUAGGCAGCAGCGUUACCAGACGGCUAGGCAGCAGCGUUACCAGACGUUGGCUAAGGUGUAUGUAAUCUUCCAACUUCAGCUGUUUGAAAAAUGUGUGAUUAGUGAUCAACAGGGCCGAGUGAAAAGAGAGAGAAGUGGGGGGUGGUUUACAAGUUUUAUUCUUCACAUGUUUCCUUGUUUCUCACAUGCUGUGUUUGUUCCAAGACAACAGGCAGGUUUUUCCCCAGGGUCUGGGCUUGUGGAGAGGCUGCAGUAUGCUGGCUACCUGGGACAGAUCCAACGGAACAGGGAGCAGACCGUCAUCCUCCACCAGGUACUGGCUGAGCUCGCUGUCGCCCCCUACCUGCAGGACCUCAGCCACGCAGAUACCUCACUGCUGCAGGCUCUAAUGGCAGACACCAUGGACACCCUUGAAGGAAGGCGGACUGAUAGAGAACGUGUGUGGAAUGAAAUGCAAAAGGUGGGGAUGUUGGAGGAUCUGUUGUUCCAACUAGAGGAGACCUAUCUGAAGAACAAGGCUCAAAGGGCCAGUAGGAAGCAGAGGGUCGGGGUGCAGGGGGCGGAGGGGAAAGCCAGAGGAAGACCCAAAGCAGGGGUCAAAAUAGGGGCCAAAGGAGGGGGUACAGUGGUGACGGACAAGGCCAAAGUCCGUCCCACUGAAACCCAGCAGGAGACAGCAGUAGCACCAAUGACCUUACCAGAUCCAUGAUCUGCAGGCCAGGACAGUGGAGGCCCGAAGUCGUCCUCAUCCUCAAAAUGAAUGGACACCCUCCUCUUCCCUCUCAAAAAGCCUCAUCUUCAGUCCCAGCAUCUUUCACACCAUUACUCUAGGCUGGCAGAAAUAAAUGGACUCUGCAGCCUUGCUUUCAUUCUGAUUCAGGGUCUGUUUUUAACACUCCUCCUUGUUGACUCGUUAAGAUAGCGUCUGUAGCCCCACCUCUAGAUGAAAGACCUCGCUGAUUCAAACAUGUGGGACUGUUCAAUGUAUACACAAGGAGAUGUUUUCAUGUUUAAACUCGCUAAUUUAUGAUUGUUCAUGCAAGUUGUAAUAUGACAGAUGGUUUGUAAACACAAACAAAUCCAUAUGGUGCAGUAGCAUGAUCAUAAUGAUGUAUGCAUUCCCAUUAUGGGAUUCACAGCAAAUCCGGCUCCAGAUUCUGAUGUUUUGGAAACUGUCUAACAUGAAACAACCUUCAUUAAAUCACAUUAUCUUUAUCAUUAUGUUUGGUUAACUAACAAGAAAUACAAAACCUUUUUCCACAAAACCUUUUUACACUCAAUCCUUAGGAGGAAAAGAAAAGGGAUUCAAAUAAAACAAACAUGCUUCCUCCUGAAGUAUCUAGCUGGAAAGAGCAGCAUAAACACUUUGUGUACAGUAUGAUGACCAUGUUACUACAGUCUGGAGUAUCACAGUCAUUUCAAUGCCAAAUGUGCAGUUUGGGGAUUGAUCGGGCAGGGCAAAACCUUGUGAGUAAACACAAUCAGUGGGGCCCUCGUCACUCACGUGCCCACGGCUGAUCCAUCAACUGGCCGGUCAGCACCGGCUUCCCAAAGUAGUUCCUCUGGGACAGCCAAUCAGAGGCGCUCUGUGCUAUCGACAGCUGCUUUCUCUCUUUCUCUCUCCUGUUAUCUACUCUCUCUGGGAAAACAAAGGCUUGUCUCUUUCUCUCUUCUCCACAUUUCCCUAUUUGAGGAUUCAUUCAGGGUUCCUACUCUACAGUACAGUGUUUCUAUCUCUCUCUUUCUCAUCCCACCCUCCAUCUGUCUCUCAAUUCCUUCGUUUCCGUUCAGAUGGGUGCUUAAUACCUUGGGGAUUCUGUUGACACCCGAGUCGGCAUAAGCAAUGUUGUGAUCAGCAAUAUGGGCAUGCAUUAUUUUAUUCGCUGAAUAAAUUAAUGGCAUUUAUUGAAUGGUCGGGGAUAGAAAACGUUGGCAUAGGUACUGUAUUGGCAUCUUUAAAAGAUUAAUUAUGCCCGGUGUAGUUUCCAUUUGGUAAACAAUUAUUAUAAUCCAAGCCUACAUGCAUAUUUAAUGAACACAUUGAAGGCCAUAGCCUUGAUUUUCACUUUUGUGUAAAGCUGUUUAUAUGAAAAUGGUUAGAAUGGCGAUAUAUGAAUACUAAUGUGGGUAGUUAUUUUUUGUGUUUUAAUUAGUGUACUGUUUUGCAGUGUUACCUCACUGCCUGUUGUUGCCCCACUGCCUGUUGUUGCCUCACUGCCACAUGUCUAGGCUGUAGCCCAGUGGGCUAACACAGUUUUGUGGCACACUGUUGACAUGGGUUCACACUGAUGCCUGGUUCAGAAUUGGUCAGUUGAUGUCUAUUAGCUGCUGGAGUUGAUGUAAAGUGGAAGAGGUCAUGGAGUCCUUGAGUAGAAUGGAACUGUCAUGGCGAUGGUGUGAUCACGUUUUUUACAGUUUUUACUAAUUGGUGUGCGAGCAUCAAGUACUAAAUGUAAUUAUUUAUUGUUGAAUGAAGAACCGCGUCUUGACAGACCAGGGCCCGGUUUCCCGAUAGCGAUGGAACUUAUUCUUACAAGUGUUUUACGAUGCAUCUUUUAUAUAUUUAAAAUAUAUAUAUUAUUAGCCCAUCCCUCUUCAGUUUUUACAGCUUUUUUGUUACAUACUUGUGUGUGUACAUACACACACACACUACCAUUCAAAUGUUUGGGGUCACUUAGAAAUGUCCUUGUUCAAAAAUAAAUUGUCCAUUAAAAUAACAUAAAAUUGAUAGAAAUACAGCAGGGACAUUGUUAAUGUUGUAAAUGACUAUUGUACCUGGAAAUGGCUGAUUUUUAAUGGAACAUCUACAUAGGCCUACAGAGGCCCAUUACCAGCAACCAUCACUCCUGUGUUCCAAUGGCACGUUGUGUUAGCUAAUCCAAGUUGAUCAUUUUUAAAUGCUAAUUGAUCAUGAGAAAAGCCUUUUGCAAUUAUGUUAGCACAGCUGUAAACUGUUGUUUUGAUUA